GAUACAGGCAUAUAGCUAUGCAUGCCCCCUGAUCCGAGCUGUGAAGGAUAAAGCUAAUACUUGCAUAAAUGAUAAACUGAAUAUAUGCCAAGAUUAGCAAAAGGGUUUCUCCCAAAACUAUAACUAAUACUUUGCUUUCUCCAGAUGACAAAACAUACUUCUCCCUACCUAUAAGACUCUUCUUCUAUCUUCUUUAUAUAUCCAUCCUUCUGAUACCUUUUUCUUCAAAAUUUUAUUCAUUCAUCGAUUGAGUUACUUUUGCUUUGCUCUUUCAAACUCUUGACAAUGGCAGUGAACGUUGAUGCAGAUUACCUCAAAGAAAUAGAAAAGGCUCGUAGAGACCUUCGAGCUCUCAUCUCUUCCAAAAACUGUGCUCCCAUUAUGCUCCGUCUUGCAUGGCAUGAUGCAGGAACCUAUGAUGCCAAAAAGAAAACCGGAGGUCCCAAUGGAUCAAUCAGGUUCAAGGAAGAGCUAAACCGCUCGCACAACAAAGGUUUGGAGAAAGCAGUCGCCUUCUGCGAGGAAGUAAAGGUUAAGCACCCGCGAGUCUCUUACGCAGACCUUUAUCAGCUCGCUGGAGUAGUUGCAGUUGAGGUUACUGGUGGCCCUGCAAUCCCAUUUACUCCAGGCCGUAAGGAUGCUGAUUCCCCAGACGACGGAGAACUUCCAAAUCCAAAUGAAGAAGCCUCACAUUUAAGAACUGUCUUCUCUCGUAUGGGUCUAUCUGAUAGAGACAUUGUAGCUCUCUCUGGAGGCCACACUUUGGGGCGUGCACAUAAGGAGAGAUCCGAUUUUGAAGGUCCUUGGACACAAGAACCUCUCAAGUUUGAUAACUCAUAUUUCGUAGAGCUUCUAAAAGGGGAGACUCCAGGACUGCUACAACUGAAAACCGACAGGGCUCUACUUCAUGACCCCAAGUUCCACUCUUUUGUUAAGCUGUAUGCAAAGGACGAGGAUAUGUUCUUCAAAGCCUAUGCAAUUUCUCACAAGAAACUUUCGGAACUAGGAUUUAGUCCGCCAAGAAAAUUUGCUCCAGCAGUAACGCAGCAGACGCUUGGAAUCGCUGUUGCUGCAGCUGUGGUGAUCUUUACCAUAUGCUACGAAGCAAGCAGAAGAGGCAAGUGAGGAGGUUUCACAGAUGCAAGAAAGAAAAAUUUACAAAUAUUAAUUGAAUGUUUGCAAUAAAUGCAAUAAACAGAAAGAUUCAUGCGAUGUUACCUUCAUGCUCCUUUCAACCUUCAGUGCUUUGGUAUUGCCCCAAACAACAUUCAUACAGCCUUCUAACAUUCGUAAGUAAUCCAAUAAACAGAAAAUUUACAAAGCA